AUGUCCCGAUCCUCGUCAAACCCUAUUCCGGCAACACCCAGAGUAAUAUCCCCUUCACCGACGCCGUCGGAUGCCCGGGAAGCAUUACAAGAUGGAUAUCUGGGGCCUAUGACCAGAUCGGCGAGGAAGAAACAGUCGCAGUCGGCGUCUCACGCAUCCAUAAACGAAGAUCUAGACGAGGAUGAGGAGAUCGGCGAUGAGCUAAGAAGGGCCAGAUCAAAAAGCAGAAGUCCUAUAAGGGUUCGGAAACCAACCGGCCUGACACCUGUGAACGCCAAGGCAUCAAACUCAACAUUAAAGCCAUCGCCGAAACCUCCUGGCGGAAAAGAAACGAAUGGACAUCUGUCACCAGCUAGUGCCAGCACAGGGUGGAGUUGGAGAGACAUCAGUCGAAGUCCCAGUCCGCUCGGCUUGAUUCCUAUCCACAGGCACUGGAGGUCUUUCGUACACCGACACGAGGUUCCGCGAAAGAUGCUGCAUGUGUCGAUCGGGUUCUUCGUUAUAUGGGCCUAUGUCCACGGUCUACAGACCUCUCAAAUCACGCCGUAUCUUAUGGGGGCUUUCAUACCGAUCGCAACAGUUGACUAUAUACGUUUUACAUAUCCCUCAUUUAAUCGUCUAUAUGUCCGCGUUUGCGGCGCUCUGAUGCGUGAAACCGAGUAUGAAGGAUGGAAUGGCGUCAUCUGGUACCUCCUCGGGGCAUGGAUUGUUCUGACGUUCUUCCCAAAGGACAUCGGGGUCAUGGGCGUUCUUCUCCUCAGUUGGUGUGAUACAGCUGCAAGCACCGUGGGACGGCUCUACGGGCGCUACACGCCUCGCAUCAGGAGCGGCAAAUCGGUCGCUGGAUCGCUUGCUGCCUUGGUUGUUGGUGUGGUUACCGCGGUUGGUUUCUGGGGGUAUAUAGCGCCGCGGUACGGCCCCUUUGUCAACGACAUAGACCAACCUUUUAUGUUCACAGGAGCCUUGGCUCUCCCAGAGGCUAUCCGUGAUCUGUUUGGUCUAACUGCGGCUCAAGCAAGCAUCAGCGGAGGACUGGCACUGGCGGUGAUGAGUCUGUGGACUGGGUUUGUGGCAUCAGCGAGUGAAGUAAUUGAUAUGUUUGGCUGGGACGACAACUUGACGAUACCGGCACUGAGUGGGCUUGGAAUGUGGGGAUUUCUCAAGGUAUUUGGAUAG